AUGUCAGUUGUUGGCGGCCGCAUCGCACAGUGCGUCAUCGACCAGUACCGCGCCCUGCCCAAGCGCGGAAAGCCCGCGUCCAAGGGCGGCAAGGAGGAGUGGACGGUGCUUGCCGGAUUCGUCACCGAGCAAGCUUGCACAUACCGCUGCGUUGCCCUGGGAACUGGGCUCAAGUGUUUGCACUCCAGGCAGCUGAGCAAAUUCGGCGACUCCGUCCACGACAGCCACGCGGAAAUCAUUGCGCGCCGCGCCCUGCUCAUCUACCUAAUGGACCAGGUCCAGAAUUGUAUUGAUAGCGGCGACUCUAUAUAUGAGCGCUGCGUAAGGCUGCACCUGUACACGUCGCAGUGCCCGUGCGGCGACGCCACGGUUGGUUCAUUGCGGACCGCGGCUGAUGAAGUUGGUGAAAUCAACGAUGCGGAUGAUCAGAAGGAAAAGGACAAUCAGGGUGAUCAAGACAAUAGAGACAACCAAGACAAUCAAGAUGAUCAAGGUGAUCAGGACCGCGUGGCCAAGCGGCGCAAGGUCGGCGGCGGCGGCGGCGGCGGCGGCGCCAGCGAGGCUAUCAGGGGCCACCAGCGGUUCAGCGCAUUGUGCUCGUUGCGGCUCAAGCCAGGGCGCGGCGACUCGAUCCCGACACUGUCCAUGUCGUGCAGCGACAAGAUCGCGCGCUGGAACGUCCUCGGCGUCCAAGGCGCGCUCCUCUCCAGCAUAACGCAGCCUGUGUACAUUUCCAGCAUCACGGUCGGCGACCUGUACAACCACGGCUCCAUUGACCGCGCCCUCAACAGCCGCACAGCCGGGAUCGCCGUGUCCGCCGCUGGGUUUCGCGCCAACUGCUGCAGCGUGCUGGGCACUUCGGUUGUGUUUGAGAGGGCGCAGGGGGCGCUGGGUGGCAGGGAGGUUAUCACGGCGGACGCUUCGCUGUACUGGGCGUUGGGCGCUGGCAUGUCGGUGGCAUUGGUCGGCGGCAGGAGGCAGGGCGCUAAGGUUGUGCCGGGCGAGUGCCAGAGGGAAAAGGUGUGGCCCGGGAUCUGCAAGCGGGCGCUCUUCCGGCGGUUCAGUGCUCUGCCCGGCGUCACGAUGGCUGAGGGGACAACAGUACCAGGAGCAAAGCAGUGUCUGCUGUCGUCUGGCGCGUUCGCCGGCUGGGUGUGCUGCCCUGAGGAGUACGAGGACUUUGCAAUCCAAUAA